GCUCGUAGACCGUAGGCUGCAGAGUAAAAGCUACGGCUAAUCGAUAGCUGGCCAUUGCUCCGGGCGCUGACGCAUUGCGCGCGCGGCCUGCUCCCGAGGGGUUAGCCGAUUCGCACGAUGUCGUCCUUCUUCGGGUUUGUGAUCCGUGAGGACAAGCCCGCGCUCGUGAAAGCGGACCCGGUCGCGGAGAUCAACCUGACGAUGGCCUGCGCGGUGGGCGAGGGCAACCGGCGCUCGGUCGUCUCGGUCCGGCCGGACGACGGCGACACGUUCACGCUGGCGGUGCUUUCUCCGGGCGUAGCGGACUUCCAGAGGGUCGACCUCAAGCUGACCGCCGGGAACGAAGCCCUCGAGUUUACCACCAGCGGCGCGACGGUGCACGUGACGGGCUACGUGACGCUGCCGCCCGAGUACACGCUCGACUCGGACUCGGACUCGGACUCGGACUACCAGGUGGGGACGUCGACGGAGCUGGCGCGCACCAGGCACGGGACGGCGAGGCUGGUCGAGGCCGACGACAGCGACAGCGACGACGAGAGCUUCGACCCGGACCUCAUGUUCGCCGAGUCCUCCGACGACGACGGCGAAAUGGGCGUCCAGCCCCUCCUGAAGCGCGCCGCACCAAUGCCCGCACCCGCCGCGAAGCAAAAAAAGCGCAAGGCCGCCGAGGCGGCCUCGGCGACGCCGGUGCCGAAGCGGCCAACCCCAUCGGCGAAACCGGAUGCCGUGUUCGAGGCGGCGGUCGUUCAAUUCCUCAAGCAGAACGGGUCGUCGCCGCUCUCCAAGGUAGGAAACGCCUGCAAGCGGCCGGCCGGCCUGUCGGUCAAGUUGAAAGCAUUCCUCCGGCAGCGCGAGAAUCUUUUUCACAUCGAUGGCGACCGCGUGGGGCUCGUGUAGCAAUAGAUUUAAGUUAAUGGACUAGGCGG